AUGAAACUCUCGCUGGGGAUUGCCGCAGCACUUGUGAGCUGCGCUGCAGCAUCGCAGCCCGCCGCCGACGUUUACGUUCUACCGAAUCGCGAAUCCGCAUCGCCGCCGUCCAUUCCCAGCAGCGUUGCCCGGCUGAUCUUGCUGAAGCUGGCGGAUUCCGGUUACUUUUCCUUAGUCCGCGAUAUUCCUGACGACGUCGAUGUCGAAGAGGUGGUUUCGUUGAUGAAUCGAUAUGGAGGCGUCACUACUCCAUUGUUUGAUGAGCUUGCCCAUGAGCCUAAGCAGUUGUUCAUUGCGCUCCAGGGCUUGACGGACGAGCAGAUGAAAGAGACCAGAGCGAAAUUACAGCGGCAGCCCUCAUUCACUAUCCCCGAUGUGCCUCAUAUCGACCGUCUGGAAUGGGCGACGGGCUUUGAACCGCCUCCGUCCGAGCUUGUAAAAGGAAAAGGGAUCAGCUGCUCUUAUGAUGAAAUGACCAACCCAGUCGAGUCCCGGUGCUGGAAGGGAAAGAGUUUGCUGGCUAAUUUUGAUAUCCAAAAGAAGCCGGAAUACUUGGACUACGUGAUCGAUAGCUUCCCACGGCUGACCUCGCUUGCUGAGAUUGGCGAAGUGCAAACAACUUUCCUGUUCUUCACUGGCGUUGGUAAAUUGUCGAGCGAGGCCCAAGCACUUCACAAGCGCCAGGCGGAGCGGGUGAUUUCCCACUUUCAUAAGACUGCGGCCGCGGCGGAACCAACUUCGCCGGCGCAAAACACCCUCCGAGCCCCCGCAGGAGCUAUUCCCGCCUGCUUCGACUCCCUGGACAGCUGUGUCUCCAAGACCGGCAAUUGCUCACACCAGGGAGAGUGCUUGAACAAGUACGCAUCUGCAGAUGCCGGUGCCAGCGGCCGCGCCCCUGUCUGCUUUGCAUGCCACUGCCUUAGCACUAGGACCGAAGAAAACGGACCUCUUACCCAUUGGGCGGGGCCUACGUGCGCCAAGAAAGACAUUAGCGUUCCGUUCUGGCUCUUUGCCGGCUUCACUUUGCUUAUGCUUGGAACUAUCUCCUUGUCCGUCACUAUGCUCUACAACGUUGGAGAUGAAAAGCUCCCCGGUGUCAUUGGGGCUGGAGUUUCCAAUCGAGGAGCACCUAUCGAUGAGCAGCUCUACCAUGUAACCAUUGGAGCCUCAUGUACCAUACAGAUGUAUUCAAUAGCGUUUAGCAAGCAAACAAUGGAUGCUGAACCCUCGGCAACGACCACUAACAGCUCAAGGGCCGAGAGGCCAAAGCUGCCCACGGCAAAAUGGGGAGCCGCCUGCGCUCCCUGUGCUACCGCAAAGGCGAAGUGUAUACGAUCAAACGAAGCUCCGGGAGCUAAAUGUGACAGAUGUGAGAGACUCCUGAAAGAGUGUUCCAACCAGAUCCAUCGCCCUCGAAAGAAGAGACAGGCCAAACCUUCCCGAACGGCGCAGAUCGAAGAGCGGUUGAACGGCCUUGUCAGUCUUCUCAAGGCCUCCGGAGAGCUAUCUGGAGCUCAGAGUGACUCACAUUCGCAAGACGACAUCGAAGAUCCGGGAACAGAAGGCUCUUCUGACCGCCCAUCCCCAUUCUCAAGCCCGUCCAGCGCCAUUCCUAGCAUAUCUAACCAAGCCAAUACUUGGAUUAUCGACCCAUCGUACAACUCCUUUACGCCGAAAUCAUGCAUUUGCCAUCCGGAUACCAUGGAGGCACCGCCGCCUCCGGAGCCAGACGAGGUGCUUCUUGAUUUUUAUCGAAAGAAUCUUCAGCCGGUCCACCCCUUUGUCAUAGUCCCACCAAAUGUCUCGGCAGCCGUGCUGGCGGCAAGACGGCCGUUUCUAAUGGCAGCUAUUCGGAUGGUUAGCUCUUUUCGAAGUAUCAGAUCGAUGAGGGCACAGAUGUAUCAUUUGAUGAAGCACCUUGCAGAUCACCUACUCAUCCGCUCGGAAAAGUCUCUGGAUCUGCUAUUGGGAAUCAUAGUCAUGCUGGGGUAUCAGCAAUACCAUUGUUGUCUCCACGGGCAACUGAGCAACUUGAUAACCUUGGCCGGAAGUUUGAUUGGCGACAUGGGUUUGGGCAAACCCCCGGGUGUGCACGAACGAACGCGGUUAAUGGUCGUUCGUCCACCAGAAAUACAUGGCCGAAGUAAUGAAGAGAGACGAGCCUUUGCUGGGGCAUGGUACUGGGCAUCAGUGAUAUCCAUGAAUUUUCAAAGAGUUGAACCUAUGAGAUACAACGGAUACCUCCAAGACUGCAUGCGGCACCUCGAAGAACACCCAGAAUAUGAAAGCGACAUUUCUCUAGUAUAUCUUGUCAGGAUACAAAGGUUGACGGAACGAAUAUCUGAACUCAACUCUAGAGACAGAGCCCCAGAAGAAGUCUCUUCUGUUCCUUCAGCUCCUGUCUCAGCCUACGUCUUGGCAUUUCAAAACGAGCUCAACCAAAUUCGGGACUCCAUGCCUAAACAUUUGAAAGAUGACAGUGAGCUUCGUUUAUACGAGCCUCCGGUUGUCGAUAAGAACUUGAUCCGUUCCCUGUCCAAAUCCCUUUCUUCUGUAUCCAUGGCUACGGAUUCACCGCUCGAUAAGAUAUAUCAAUCAAGCGCCGCUCUAACGGCGUGGUUCAAUUCUUGGCUCUCCCUUCCCAUCUCUACAUACUACUUUCAAACCACCGCAGUGGGCUCACACCUUGUUUACGCUCUCGUCAUGUUAGCCCGAUGGGCAAGGUUGGCGACUCCCAGAGCAAUGUACGAGGGCAAAACCACUAUGCCAGAUGACCCGAGUGCGAAUAAUCCCAAUGUUGCCCUGUACAACUCUGAUAUGGGAAACUCACAGUGUGACCCGAACAUGACACCAGACAAAUGCGGAAUGCCACGGGGACAACGUGUGACGGCACGCCCUGAUCUGGACGACCCUGACCUUGCAGCUGCUGUGGCCGUACUGCGGACACAGCUACAGACACAACCAGGAUUGAUGAUUAAUAUUCCUGAAAUCCUUUCCGCGAUAUCCGGCCGCUUCGAGCAUGCCAAUGCAACUUUCCAAUUAUGCUCGGCAGACACCGAAAGAGUAAACAAAAAUGUCUGGAUGAUGACUGCGCUAAAAGUCCGAAUUACGAGAGCAAAAUUAGAAAAGUGGGCAGAGCUGGUAUCUGAAGGGUCAGAAAGCAUGCAUCUCGACAAUCGAUCAGAACCAGAUCAGAGAAUGGCUGAUUGGCAGGCGGCAAUGCACAUACCACAAACCGAAUGCGCCGGGCUAGACGAUAUGGGACUAUUCGCGGAUGACGGGGUACAAGAGCCGCAGAUGGAGAACAAUUGGGGAAACAUGACGCACACAUCAUGGACUACCGAUCUAUUAUCUGGUUUCGACCCAAGCGGAUGGUUCGAUGGAUAUGUGGAUUGGAAUUCAGUCCCGAUGACUGCCGCGCCCCCUGUAGAGAGAUGA